CUGAAAUAGAAUAACUUUAAAAGGAAAUAAAAAUCAUGUUAAGGUAAGACAUUCAUUAUUUAGAAGAAAGAAGGAUGUUAAAGUACUAUACGCCCAAAAAAUUAUUAGUUAAAACAAAAUUAUAUCCCUUUAUUAACACCAAGAUUAGAGUCAUGAUAGCUCUUCUCUCACGUGUAGGGACUGCAGUAAACGCGUUUCCAUUUUAGUAUAAUGGAAUGAAUUAUUUUAGACCUUUCUAUGUUCAAAAGAUAGAAAUGUCAAAAAGGGGAGUUAUUUUCACUUGUUUAGUUACACGUGGAUACAUAUCGAAAUGGCAGAAAAUUUGAGUACCGAUGCCUUUUUCGUAUGCUUUAGGAAUUUUCAGUGUCGAAGAGGUAAAGUAACUCAGCUUUACAGCGACAACGGAACUAAUUUCGUUGGAGCCGAAAGAGAGUUGAAACGCCUCCUACAAGAACUCGACACAAGAAUGAGACAAGGAGAAGCCGCAGAGUUAGAAAUUUCAUGGGUGUUUAACCCUCCAGCGGCUCCACAUUUUGGAGGCGUAUGGGAGAGGUUAAUAGGAAUAAUAAAGAAGGCGCUUAGUGUCAUGAUAGACGAUAUGUCUAAAAGGACACCUACGAGUGAAGUGCUGCGAUCAGCCUUUAUUCAAGCGGAGUGGUUUGUUAAUUCACGUCCUUUGAUACAUAGAGCUUUAAAGGAUGUGAAUGAUGAGCUAUUAACCCCCUUCCAUGCGAUUUUAGGAAGGCCGGGACAAUAUGCACCACCCUUCGAAAUGGAUCCAAAACCUUACGAUAAGAACUCGCAGGCAAGAAUCCAACAUGCCAUGAAGAUAUUCUGGGAUAAAUGGAAGAAAGAAUAUCUUCCAACAUUAAUCGCCAGAGAAAAAUGGACUGGCGACGUAAAACCGAUCAAAAUAGAUGAUUUAGUCCUAAUGGUGGAUAACGAAGAACCUCCAGGACGAUGGUUAAAAGGACGUGUUUCGAAAUUAAUUGUUUCUGAUGACGGUGUAGCUAGACAAGCUGAUGUCAUAACCAGAAAGGGAACGUUUAGACGCGCAGUUGCAAAACUCGCGAUCUUAGACGUCGAAGGAAAGGAUCUAACUCCUGAACCGACGGUAAAAAAGAAAUCAGGGCAUGCUAUAAUGCAUAUAUCUGAACCCGAGUCCUGUGAAUCUACAUUUGAAAGUCACCGUAUCGAGACCAAACGAAAAUUAGAUAAAACUUCUCAGCCAGAGAAGAAAAGGAAAUGUACCAACAAAAAGGCAAAACCAGUCAUUCGACUUUCUCCAUAUUCUGUACUUGCAGGUUUAUUAACCACUGCGGCGGUGCUAAGUACGGCAAAUGCGAUAUUGGUUACGCCGGUCGAACAGAAUGGCGUAUUUCUCGAUCACAUAGGGACAAGCCUUAUGAAAAGAGGGAUAUGGCGUACAAAUAUCGAAACAAUGGUAUCACCAGAUCAGGAUCGAGCUCUGGUUGAAGACAUACGGGGUAACAUAUCAGCAACAAGGAAACACAUGAUUAAAAAUUUAAAAACUGAUAAUAUGGAAAAAAUUUUGGAAAUUUUCAACAAGUUGUGCUCGGAUGCAAUUUUCGAAAUUGAUUACGAGAGAACGAGAUUCCGCCGUUCCAAAGGAAUAUUUGGAUUUUUAUGGAGUUUCCUCUUCGGUGAAAAUGAUAUCGAAACCGAAUUGAAAUCAAUGAGGAUGCACGACAAUGAGAAGAUACAUCAGCUAUCUGAGUCACUUGUGCAAUUAAAUGGAAAGACGGCUGAGAUGGGAGGCACGCUGAAUGAUCGAUUCUACGAACUAAUGAAGGAAACGAAUAAUUUGAAACAAAAAUAUGUCCUAGGUGACACGGAAUACCUAGAAAGCCGAUUAAUCGAAAUUAUUAUGCUAUCAAGGGAAACCAUUGACGCUAUACUUCACAAGUACAGAAGGAUGAGAUCAUAUCCACUUUCGACGGAAGAACUAACCGCGACUUUCGACAACAUCUCGUCAAUAUUGCCAGCAGGACUAACAGUUCUUCGACAAUCCUCGUUGGUAAAAUAUGAAGCACAGCAGAUCAACGGGACUAUCGUAAUCGCAAUGUACACUGUAAUUGUUAGCAAGACAGUGUACGAAAUGUUUCAAAUUAUUCCUGUACCUCAUACGGAGAAUCACGCCAUCAUUGAUAUAGGAAAACCACGCAUACUGAUUGACCAUAACGGGGAAUAUUUCUACCCAACUACGGAACCAGUACGAAUGAACAAAACUCAUUUUAUAGUGGAACCUAGUCUGGUUCAUAAGGAGCUUGACUGUGUAUCAGGACUAGUGGCGCACAAAGUUUCGAAGAGCCGCUGCAAUACUACACACUUAACGCCACCAUACGUCGAGAUGAUUUCACUCACGGAUGAGAACCAGGUACUCUACUACGCCAGCGACACGACGAGCAUCGUAAUCCACUGCCAGCAUACAAUAAUAUCGCCACCCUAUAAAGUGGCCGUAGUUAGGUUAGAUUUUGAUUGUAAAAUUCAAAGUAAUAAAAGUGUUAUAUAUGGAUUUGUGAAUAGGGAAGAAAGGAAAACAAACUUAUAUUUUAAAGAAAGAAUUCAAAUAGAUUUCAAUUUAGAGCAGAAUAAAACUGAAUUACCGAAAUUAAAUAAGCCUGCAAAUCCAUUUAAUAACAAAAUUUUUACAAUAUUAACAAAUGAUGAUAAGAAACAAGAUGUAGGUGAACCCAUAUUUGAAUAUGUAAUAAUGGGUGUAGGAUUGAUAGGUAUUAUGUACGUGGUAAUAGUUAUCUAUUUACGUAUUAAAAAAUGUAAUACAACACGAAAUUCCAGAAGACCGGCGGAGUGUUUGUUUCCACUUCCGCGAAAUACGGCUGAAAGUUCGUUAUAAAAUAAGGUCUUUGCAAUUAUUUAUAGGAAUAAUAAACUUAACAGAAAGGACGAACGCAAAUUUUAUCAUUAAUUCACGAUCAUUCAUUCAUGACAAUCGCUCGAUUAUCAAAUAGGGUAAACCUUCUAGAAGAUUUACGGGGCCGGGAAUGUCGAGCGUAGAGCUUGCGUCAGUUGCACUGGCAUUAUUAAAUUUAAUUAUCAACCACAAAAACAACGUGCUUAAAGGAGCACUAUGAUCGAGAAGCGAUUUGAACCGAUAAGGCGUUUCCGGCGCAGUCGUGAGAGCUAUUAAUUUUCCAUCAAUUCUCGCAUCCCAUGUGCAUCAAUAAGCGCUAAUUCAAAUAGCAAAGGAAGCUUAAGUUGGGUCGAGACGCCAGGUAAUCUGGUGCCGAUGGCAAUAGUAAAAUUAAUUAGCAAAGACCAUGACGAAAUGCGAAGGGACAAACAUAAACAAUUGCCCGAAAAGGAACAUUAAAUGAAUAUCGUCAAAUCAGCUCUCGGAAGGUUGCGGUAAUAAAAUAAUUUAAUACGUAAUUCCCGAAAGGACUGCAAUAAAAGAAGGAAAGGUAGUCUGGCGACGGUCAUGUUUGAGUCUGGUAGAAAUAUGAAUUGAUUACCCGUGCUGACAAAGACCAACAAGUUUUGAAAGCAUCGGUACGUGAUAGGGAAUAGAGAAGGAUAGCGCGAAAUGCAAGCGCAACAUUGAAUACCAAAUUCUAUGUAAUAGUGAGGUAGAUAGGAAUUGUUUACCCGUGCUGACGAAUGGUAACGUCAGCAUCUAAGGAGAAAGAGAGACAGUAAUAAAUGUUGCACUGCAUGUCGUGCAACAUCUUUAAUAUUUUACCAUAAGAUUCAUGUAUAUAUAGUUUAAGGAAAUUAAAAAAUAAAUGAGUCAUCAGUUACCAGAGAAAACGGUCGUUCGCAUUCAUCACUAGAAAGAAAAUUCCCGGACGAGCCCCCCACCAGAAGAAGUCAUCCUCCCCUAGAAGGAAGCAUCAUCGCCCAGGAAGUACAGUCCGCUGGAGAACCGUAGCCAGCAUAAAAGCGUACUUCCGCUCUUAUGCCCUACUUGCUUCUCCCCGGAUAUCCGAAAACUUUAAUCGUAAAGUCUUAAGGCAAAUUAAAAGGAAUUUGCGACAGGGAACAGUCAGUCGCUCUGACGGCUGACACAGUGAGACAGAUUUAUUUAUCUUAAAAGCUAAACUGAAAUUAUUAAAAGCUGAACAAUUCUCUAGUUAAUUUCCGAGAAGUAUUUUUGAAUAAGUGUGUUGAACGAAGGGACAGUUAAGCCAAAGUUGAAACACUAAAAAUUUUUUGUAAUCUUGCACGGAGUACGAAACUGCGUGAAAUUUUCUAACAUUUGUCUCUAAUUCUUAACAAGUUUGUUCAAACUAAUUCAUCUCUCAAUGAUUGUCAAAAGAAUGUUAGUUUCAUGUUUGGCACACCAGAUAAUCCUGUCCUGUCCUGUCCUGUCCUGUCCUGUCCUGUCCUGUCCUGUCCUGUCCUGUCCUGUCCUGUCCUGUCCUGUCCUGUCCUGUCCUGUCCUGUCCUGUCCUGUCCUGUCC